AUGCCCAAUGCCGCCUGCAAGCACCACAACGCCGCGUCACGCCGCCGGCUCCGCAUCUGCGCCGUCGUCUCCCUCAUCGUACUCCUCCUAUUGGCCGCCGCCGUCACCGCACUGGCCAUCACGGCGCUCCGCCCGCGCCCAGCCGACACCACCAUCUCCGCCAUGCGCCUGACCUCCGUGUCCCUCUCCCCAGGAUCACUCUCCCUCAACGUGACGCUCGACGCCGUCCUCUCCAUCCGCAACCCCAGCCCCGUCGCGUCCUUCGCGCACGCAGCCGGCCAAGCCGAGGUCUUCUACCGCGGCGCGGUCGCCGCGGACGCCGACGUCCCGCCCGGACGCGUCGGCGCGGGAGGCAACGAGACGGUGACGCUCAGGCUCACGGUGCUCGCCGACCGCCUUGCCUCGUACGCGCCGCAGCUGUACGGUGACGUGGUCGGCGGCGCCGGGGACGUGUCGCUCACCGUUCAGACGACCGUGCCGGGAACUGUCACGGUUCUAGGCCUGCUCAGGCACCACGCCGUUGUGAUCACGGUGUGCCACGUCACGGUUAGCGUCCGCCGGCCCGGCGCGCAGAGCUCGUCGUGCCAGUACCGGACCAAGCUCUAG